GCCACUGUGGAUUAUCAAAAGCUUUAGAGAAGCUCCUUCCUCGGGCUCCUCGGACGACACAGAGGGGGUCGGUCUCACAAACUUGUCCGACACAACAACAAUGAAAAUGUCAGCGGCAGAGAUCUGCCAGAUACUCAAGGAGGGAGAGCUGGAGAAGAGGAGCGACAACCUGCUCCAGUUCUGGAAGAGGAAGACGUGCGUCCUGACCACGGACAGCCUCAACAUUUACGCAGACACGCAGAAGCGCACCAAGGGCAAGGAGCUCAAGCUGCAGUCCAUCAAGAAGGUGGACUGCGUGGAGCGCACCGGCAAGUUCGUCUAUUUCACCAUCGUAACCACAGACAAUAAGGAGAUCGAUUUCCGGUGCUCUGGAGAAGAGAACUGCUGGAAUGCGGUGAUCACCAUGGCCCUGAUUGAUUACCAGAACAGAAAGGCCAUCCAGGACUUUAAAACGCGGCAGGACAAUGAGAGUGCUUCGCCCGGACAACAGGAGAGGCGCAUGGCGAGGGCGCCCUGAGCCGCUGUGGGGGGACUCUGUGGCACUUAACCACUCCUAAUAUGUGUCUAUAUGGACCAUAAAGAAAUAAUACGCGGACCAAAAGGAAGACGAGGUCACCCGGUCCAGAGAUGAAGGAUUGUUCAGGACUGAGCUCUCGGAGGAUUGUUCAGGACUGAGCUCUGGACAACUGAUCUAAACCGACAGACAGAGAGAUUUUCAGAAGCUCAAACACGCAGGACUGAACCCUUGAAUUGUCAAAACUAUUUCAAGUUUGCUCUCCAGGGAGGAAUGACUCCUAAAACCAUGAUGUUAAUUUAUUUGUUUCCAGAAUAUGGUGUUACUGGCAAACAGCUUGUGUUGUUUAAAUUAUUUACUAUUUCAAUGUGUGUUGAGUGUGUCAGUGUAUUUAUUUGAAUAAAUAUUCAUGCAUUUUUGACAUAA